UUCAUAAUUAGUUAAUGUCUCUAAUAGUAUAUGGAGCUAAAAUAAUGAAUGUCUAUUGCGGAUUUCAAUUAACUUGGAAAACAUGUGAAGCAUUCAAAAAAUAGAAUGUGGAAUAGGGAGAUGCUCUUUUGAUUAAGUGGUUUUUGCUUUAUACCUUUAUUCAACUUGAGUCUGUAUUUAUGUUGUUUUUGGAACUGAUUCCUUUUGGAUUCCUUGUUCCUUAUUUUAUCAAAUUUUACAUAAUGCUACCACAUUCAAGAUGGCAUUCAUUAAUAUAUGGAGUGUUUGAAAAAUUGGAAAUGGAUGAGUACACUAAUAUAUUCUUCAUUUACUUUACAAAGAUAGUGAGAUACUUUUUGGUUAGAUUCUUAAAUUUAAUUGAAACUUGUAUCGAUUUGGUGCGAGUUGAAGAAUUGACAGAAUUGGAGAAGUAGGUUGAUCGCAUAAUGGAAAAGAUCCUGAAUAAAAAGCAAUCGAUAGAAGUGACUAAAUCGAAGAUCAGAUUUAGAAAUUCUGAAUUCAAGAAGCCUGAAAACAAAUCUAAAAAGUUAUCUGUCCAAGCUAGUGUUAAGGAGAAGGGUCGUUUUGUUGAUUACAUUCUGUCUUACAAUUCUUCAAACAGUGAAUUGUAAUUCAUCUGUCCUCAGGACAAUGUCUGUGUUCAUCAAAGGACUCUGAUAUCGAUUGAUAUCAAUCAGGACAAGUGUUUGAAGGUGAUGUAUACAGUGAAUGACGGGGAAUUGGAUCUUAUGAAACUCAAGAAGUCAGAGGAUAUUGAUUUGUGGCUGAAACCUGUGAUCGAUAUUUUGAUUGAGAAGAUUUCGUAAUAGGAGUGA